GAGAGUUUGGACAGGGUGUGAGAGGAGAUCACAGCUGGGUCUGUCCAGGACCAUCUUACUGCUUCAUCUCUGACAGCUCAGGAUACACUUGCUGUUUCCAGUUGCUGCUUCCUGAGUGUCAUCGUGUGCCAGGUCCUGAUAAGACACUGUGUUCCUGGAGAUGGAAGGCAAACUACAAGUCGGAGAAUCCAUGCGCCUGCUGGCUAUUGACAAUGGCUCAAUAAGCAUUAAUGAUGAUGUUUUAAAAUAUUGUUUUUUAAGAGAGGAUGUGAAAGAUCUGCCAGUUUGUCUGAUUUCCAUCAUCGGCAAAGAGGGGAUGGGAAAAUCCUUUUUACUCAAUUACCUUCUUUGGAGACUCAAUAAUCUAGAGAGCAGAGACCAGGAGUGGAUGGGAGGUGCAGAUGAGGACUUGCGUGGAUUUGAGUGGAAAUCAGGAUUGAACACAACAACCAAAGGUGUUUUUAUCUGGAGCAAACCGUUCCUGAUAGAUACUGAGCAGGGUAAGGUGGCUGUCUUCCUGAUGGACACAGAGGGAUGUGAUGGUGUUGACCAAGACAAAGGCAUCAGUGUCCAGCUGUCAACACUCAGCAUGUUACUGAGCUCUUACCUUAUAUAUAACGUUUCCAAGAAGAUUCAACAGACAGACCUGGAGUUUUUGGAACUGUUUCUCCACGUGGCCCAAAAGGUCGGGGAGGUUUCUGACUUGGAACCUAUUCAGCAUCUGGAUAUUCUCAUUCGAGACUGGCAGGCGUCCAAGAACUAUGGUAUGCAGGCUGGAAAACAACAUCUUGAUGAAACCAUACAGAAAGUUGAGAAUGGCAACACGCAAUAUCAACCUUCCAUUAAGAUGCAACUUUCAAGAUCUCAAUGCUUCCUCAUGCCCUAUCCAGGCAAGAAGAUUGCAAUGGGGUUCACAGGACAUGUGAAAGAUUUGGAUGAGGACUUCAGAGACUCGCUGGUGGAUUACUUCAGCUCUGUGCUAGAAACGCUGCCCACCUGUGCAAGAAGAGACAUCAGGGACUCCAUCAUAAGCUGCUCCCAGUUGUUUGAUCUGAUGAAGGCAUUUGUCCAAACCAUCAAAAAAUAUUCCGUUCAGAUCAAAACGCCACUGCAGAUGUCGAAUGCCUUCUGGAAUGUAAAACUAAGGAACAAGAAGCUGAACGAGUUUCAAAGUUAUUUCAUACAGCAGAAUGCAGAUGUAGGCCGUUAUGUGACAACUCCAGGUUCUAUGCAAGCCUGCCUGUUGAUGAAGGCCAAUGAGCUGAAAGAGGAUUGUCAGAGGCUUCUCAGAGGGACUGCGGUGGAGAAGAGGACAGAAGCUACUGAGCUCAACCAUCUACUGGCGCAAGAGAUUGAAAUCUCAUGCAACGCUUACAAUGUGACAUUCCAGGGCCAAAUGGCUAGGCGAAUGGAUGCAAUACUUAAUGGUUUACUAAAUUGCUACUCAGAAGAGGUGCCCAAUAUAGAUGCAGCCUGCAAGUGUGUUAGUACUACUCCAAGUGUAAUGAGGAAUCUCCUGGGGCAGAAGGCCAUGGAUCUGAGUGUGGAUUUUCAGAUAUGUCUGCUAGGUUCUCCUGCGGAGAUCGAGAUCGAAGUGACGAAUCUGAAUACACAGCUGCUGAGAAAACUCCAGGACCUCUGCGCGAUUUACAACAAGAAAUACAAGCAAGACCUGCAGUGCAUCUGUGCCAUGUUGUUGGCUGUUGUAUUUGGAACCAUUGGGAUGUUCUUGGGGGCGUUGGAAGCUGGUCCUGUGUUGGCAAGGUGCACAUUGCUGAUCUUUUUACCUCAGGCAGCCACCCUGUGUACUGCACUUGGCUGUUUCUUGGGGCUUUCCCUUGGGUUAAUCUUUGGCGUAGUGGUGGGCAUCGGGCUGGGUACGUGCGUGAUUCGUUGCAUGGUAGCCAGUGAGCCAGCGGAAGAUGCCCCCCAUAAUGGAAGAACCAGCAACCGCAUUAUUACGGAGAGAGAUCCACUGCUUGGUACGAGGGGUCACAGCGAAUGUCCCUGCUGAUGACCUGAGGCCAUAUCUAGAGCAUGAAAAUUGAGAAAUAUAGAAUGAUCCAGGUGAACAUGCUGAGAUUUUGCUGUCCCUUCUGCUGUCCUUUAAUGAUUUUAAUGUAAGAUAUUCCCCCACUGCAGCGAGGCGCUGACGACGCCAAGUCAAGUUGGGGACUUCCUCUCACACUAAGUUUCUCUGUCAACUUUAAAUUAUGUUCCCAUCAGC